GCCAACAUACAUGCUGGCCUAAUCCAAUUUACCGCUGCAUCAUGCUCGGUAGCCGAGCACUCGGGCUCAUUUCCCAGUUUAUGCACAAACAGAACCCCGCAACAGCCGUAGGCAUUCGCUUCAUUUCGGAGGAGCAGCUAGGAGCCAGCGCAGACCAGGUUGCUGACCUCUUUCAGCGGAACCUGCUGAAAGCGAGUCGCAAGAAGCCUGACCAGCCUCCCCGCAUCCUCACAACACGGCGAGAGGCGAUAUCGCUCUACAGGGAGAUUUGGCGCUACAGCGCGCUGUUCCUGUGGCACGACGAGCGCGGGCGCCUCUUCCGCGACGUCAUCCGGACAUCCGCCCGCGAGGAGUUUGAGGCGGCACGCUUUGAGCCAGACCCGGAAAUCAUCAACAAGCUUAUCAUCACGGGGCGAGACUGCGUGCAGCGCACCAUGGAGGCCUUCGCAGCACGGGCCAAGCGGCUGGAAGCGGAGGGGCCGCAGCCACCACUACGGCAGUAGCAGCAGCAGCAGCGGCGUCGGCGUGCGAUGUAACACAGCAAGGGGCUCGGUGCGAAGAGCAGCGCAGACGUGGUAGGGUGAUCCCAUUUGUUUGAGUGUGUGCGGGGGCAGCGUCUUGCAUGUGGGCCCCGCGGUUGGAGCCAGAGUUGGUAUUGUUGGCCGUGCCCUGGAGGCUGGCGCUGCCCCGUGUCAGGCGACGGCAUUGAACCUGCUGACGAGGCCGCGCAGGUGCUCGGAGCGUGAUGGCAAUUGUCUAGGUUACAGUGGAUUGCAAGGCAGCAUCCAUGCAACGGCAUGCUCCACGGUAUGUGUGUAGCAUGCGGUAUGUGUGUAGCAUGCGGUAUGUGUGUGAACAAGGAGGUGGCUGCCUUAUGGCAGGAAAAGGGCUGAUCCCGGGUCGUUAUCAACCCAGCCACCUUGACGCGGCGCCUACUAAGCACACGCCUCUAU